CACAGCUGCUCGCACGCACACCCCGCACGCAGUAAGUGCACGAUUAUUUCGCCUUGUAUGCAGACGACUGGCUGUGGUGUGAGCAAACAAAGAUAUCGUCAUGGCAUCUCCACUGAGGAGUCUAGUGUCCGAUGAUAACAGGUACCAGAAGGCCUUCCGUCUUUUUCUGGAUCGCUCCUCCGAACAUCAGUGUAUGCAGGACUUUAUUCACAAUAUCCUACCAGACAUCUUGGCCAGCAUCGGAAACGGGAAGUCCCAUCUCCUUUCCAUUGGCGUUGGAAGUGGUGACGGUCGCAUUGACCUGGAGAUGUUCUCUGAGCUGCGUCGGAAGCACCCCGGGGUGACGGUAGACCACGAGGUGGUCGAGCCCAGCAGUCAGCAGCUUCAUAAUUACAAAGUGUUGCUGUCACAAAAGUCCGAUUUGGAUUACAUCACCUUUAAGUGGAACAAGAUGACCGCCUCUGAGUAUGAGGAGCAAUGGGAACUCAAGCAGGUGACAAAGAAGGCGGACUUCAUCCACAUGAUUCAGAUGCUCUACUAUGUCAAGGAUGUUGAAGCCACCGUCAGAUUCUUCCGGAGUCUCCUUGACAAGAACGGAAAGCUUCUCAUUAUUCUGGUGUCAGGUGAGAGCGGAUGGGGAAAGUUGUGGCGGACCUUCAGGGAUCAGCUGUGCGCCUGCGAAAUAAGUCAGUGCGUGACCACGGCGGACGUGAAAAGCUUCCUGGACUCGGAGGGGAUGCCGUACAAGAGCUACGUGCUGCCUUCUCAAAUGGACAUCACCGAGUGUUUUGCGGAAGGGGACGAGAGCGGCGAGCUGCUGCUGGACUUCCUCACCGAGGUGGAUCAGUUCAGCCGGACGGCCUCGCCGCAGCUCCGAGCCGAUGUCUUGAAGUUGCUGCGGGAUCCGGCUUGUUCUCGGGAGGCCGACGGGAAAGUCGUCUUCAAUAACAACCUUGAGGUGAUAGUUGCGGAUUCACCCAGAUAAACGUUUAUGGCAAUACUGCGAUACACGUGCGUGAAAUAAGAUAGAAUAGCUGUGAAGCAUCUUGAUUUAAUUAAUUUAUUUUUUGAUUAAUCAACUGUAACAGUAAUGUUACAUCAUAUUGCGCAACAACAAAAAAAAAAGCUGUAGUCAGCUUCAAAUUAUUACAGAGGAGCGUGAUCCACUUAAAUAUUUUUUUGUUUUGAUUUCAAAUGAAAUUUCACUCAUAAAAACAGAAUUUGGGGUCAAUCAUAAAACAUUUGUCUGUACAGGCAUUAAUGUUACAAAUAACAUUUUAACAUUCUUUUCACUUGUGAAAUGACUAAAAAUGAAAAAAAAAAAACCCUCCCAUAUUUCUUUCUAUGGUUAUCAACACUUUUACUUUUUUUUUACUUUUUCUUUUUUGGACUGUGCGUGCAAUUGACCAGUCCGAGAUCCAAUAGUUUUUUUUUUAACAAAGUUGCAAAAUGUUCAUUUCGUCAAAGAUGUUAAUGAUUAUUGAUUAUUUGGUGUGCACGAACAACAACAUGUAACAAAAAAUAUUAUAUUCUCCAAAGUAUAGGAUAAAUAAGAUCCUUCCAGGCGCAUUUAAAUUAUCUUGAUGUAUUGGCACCAUCUUGAGGCCAGUAUGAGUAAGUGGGACUAAAGUGUGAAAUAAAAAUGAAUCUUGCA